AUGCUAAGUCGUUACCUCUAUACCACGCUUGCAAGCUGCGUCGCAACAGCUAGUGCAGCUGCUCCUAUUGUCGACCUUGGCUACGGACUUUGGCAAGCUACGCUUAAUGAAACUGGACAAUAUUACAAUUUCAGCAACAUUCGCUAUGCACAGCCGCCUGUGGGAGCACUUCGCUUCGCUGCACCUAAAGAACCGCACCUCAACCGUACACUGAUGAACGAUGGUCAGGACGGUCGGAUCUGCAUCCAAGGAGAAGUUAGCUGGGCAAAAGAGCGCGCGCUCUUUACGAAGGCUUACUUCUCCAAUGCCAACAUAAGCGCCUUUCAGCAGAUACCGCCUCCAGGCUUCACUGGCAAAGCGAAGCCAUCGCCUCAGGCUGAUGGUCGCGCAACCGAAGAUUGCUUGUUCCUCGAUGUUUUUGUUCCAAAGAGUGUGUUCGAUAAUGGAACGUUAAAGAAAAGUGGUGGCGCUCCUGUCAUGAUGUGGACACAUGGAGGAGGCUUCUACCAAGGCUACAAGGACUCUCAGGGUAACGCCGCCGGUCUUCUUGCGCAGUCCAUGAAGAAUCCAGCAACUGCACCUGGAAUUAUCUACGUCGCCAUCAACUACCGUCUUGGAGCUUUCGGCUGGCUUGCUGGACCCAGUUUCGCUGGUAGUGGUGCUACUCCCAAUGCUGGCUUGUACGACCAGCGCCUAGCAUUGGAGUGGAUGCAGAAGAAUAUAUAUCGCUUCGGAGGCGAUCCUAACAAGGUCACAAUGAUGGGCGAGAGCGCAGGCGGAUCUUCCACUUUGCAUCAGCUGACAGCUUUCGGUGGAGCCAAGGGCAACGCUCCGUUCUCUAAAGCACUCAUGAUAUCGCCGGCAUUUAAUCCGAAUCCUUACGAUGCAGUGCAAGAGCAGACGUUUCAGAACUUCCUCACCGCCGCAAACGUGUCAACACUUACCCAACUUAGAGAGCUGCCCUCCGAAGCCGUCAUUGCAGCAAACUCGUUGACCAUAUUUGAGGCAUCAUAUGGAAGCUCCGGCGGUUUUGGACCUGUGGUUGACGGGAACUUCGUGCCGCAGCUGCCUACUCUGCUGUUACAGCAAGGUCGAUACUCCAAGAAUGUGGGAGCCGUACUUGCUGCGCACAACACGAACGAAGGGUUUCUCUUCACGGAUCCGGCGAUACAGAACGAUACCGCCUUCAAUGCCGUUGUCAACUCCUCGAACUCUUCGCUUUUCCCAGAGGCACAGCCUGCCGCCAAGAAUGAGAUUGCCAGCUCGCUGUAUCCGCCAAUAUACACCAACAAGACAUUGGGCUACAAUACCACGUUCUCCCGAGCCGCCACUUUACUUGCUGAUAUGUUAGUCAGUUGCAACGUCCAAGCCGUGAUGGAGACAUGGGGAGUGGACCAGUCCCACGCCUGGCUGUUUGGCGAAGGCGCUGGUCUGCAUGGCGAAGACAAUCCUUACGUCUUCUACAAUAACGGUCCAGCGCAAGACAAAUACGGCUUUGGCACUGUCAACGAGACAGUAGCGAAGACCAUGCAAGAAUGGAUGUUAAAUUUCGGAGCGACUGGCAAUCCGAACGGCCCGGGAGUGGUACCGAUGCCAGUCUAUGGGUCAAACCAUGUUAUGGCUAGCCUAUCGAACAAGGGUGUUGGGAUUCCAACGCCAGACCCAGCGUUUGUCCAGCGAUGUAAUUUCUUCAGAGAAGCAUUGUACGUUUAA